UGCACGGCUCGGCCCGGCUCAUCCAUCCUGGGCUGCUCUACGGGGCGGAGCGGGGCGGGCGGGGAGAGGCGCGGCACCUCGCGGCCCCACACCCCGCUAUAAGAGCGGAGCGAGCGGCUGCGCUCCGCAGUGUAUGGCAGCGCCGGGCCUGGGGCCGCUCCCCCCGGGUCCGUCCGGGCACCCGCCCCGCUGCCACCACCCUGACCUUGGCAUCGGGACGGAGCAGGCUGCGCAGAGCAGCGCUGGGGAUGCCUUAACGAGAACGCGCGGAGAUCUCUUCUAGCAAGGGGAGAGGAGAUCUCCCCUAGCGCUAUCGGAGGAAAAAGAGGAUUUAAAGAGCGGCUGUGCCCCCUUUGUUGAAUGCGAAGGGCAGGAGAGGACCGGCAAGAUGAGCACCAGCAUUCCCUACCAACAAAACCCCUACAGCGCCGGGAGCGGCUCCACCGUCAUCCAGUGCUACCGCUGCGGAGACACCUGCAAGGGCGAGGUGGUGCGUGUCCAGAGCAACCACUUCCACAUCCGCUGCUUCACCUGCCAAGUGUGCGGCUGCGACCUGGCCCAGUCGGGCUUUUUCUUCAAGAACCAGGAGUACAUCUGCACCCACGACUACCAGCAGCUUUAUGGCACCCGCUGUGACAGCUGCGGGGACUUCAUCACCGGGGAGGUCAUCUCGGCGCUGGGCAGGACCUACCAUCCCAAGUGCUUCGUCUGCAGCACCUGCAGGAAGCCGUUCCCCAUUGGGGACAAGGUGACGUUCAGCGGGAAGGAUUGCGUCUGCCAGAACUGCUCCCAUACGCUCAUCAGCACCAAACCCAUCAAGAUCCACGGGCCCAGCCACUGCGCAGGCUGCAAGGAGGAGAUCAAGCAGGGCCAGUCCCUCCUGGCACUGGAGAAGCAGUGGCAUGUCAGCUGCUUCAAGUGCCAAACGUGCGGGAUCAUCCUCACCGGAGAGUACAUCAGCAAGGAUGGAGUCCCAUACUGUGAGUCUGACUACCAUGCUCAGUUCGGCAUCAAGUGUGAGACGUGUGACCGGUACAUCAGUGGCAGGGUCCUGGAGGCUGGAGGGAAGCACUACCACCCCACCUGCGCCCGCUGCGUGCGCUGCCAUCAGAUGUUCACCGAAGGAGAGGAGAUGUACCUCACAGGCUCUGAGGUGUGGCACCCCAUCUGCAAGCAGGCAGCCCGGGCAGAAAAGAAGCUGAAGCACAGAAGGACAUCAGAAACCUCCAUCUCACCACCUGGCUCCAGCAUCGGCUCCCCCAACAGAGUCAUCUGCGCUAAAGUGGAUAAUGAGAUCCUUAAUUACAAAGACCUGGCAGCUCUUCCCAAGAUUAAAGCCAUCUACGAAGUGCAGCGUCCUGACCUCAUUUCGUAUGAGCCCUAUCACAGAUAUAGCUAUGGGGAGUCCUUGGGGACCCUCUCCCCGUACUCACAGGACAUCUACGAGAGCUUCGACAUCAGACAGAGACGAGCCUCCAGCCCUGGCUACAUCGACUCCCCCACCUACAGCCGGCAGGGCAUGUCCCCCACCAUCCCAAGGUCCCCCCAUCACUUCUACCGCUCAGGCACAGAGAGCGGGCGCAGCUCCCCCUACUAUAGCCAGUUAGAUGUGAGGUCUUCUACUCCAACCUCAUACCAAGCACCCAAGCAUUUCCACAUUCCAGCUGCUGGUGAGAGCAACAUCUACAGGAAACCUCCCAUCUACAAGCGGCACGCUGCUGUCGACAACAACCCUGCAGCCACCAAAAGCAAAACCAGUGAGGACAUUGCACAGACGUCCAAGUACAGCCCUGCCUACUCCCCCGACCCCUAUUACCACUCGGAGUCAGAGUACUGGUCCUUCCAGGGAUCCCCCAAAGCUCCCCGAGCCCGACGGUUCUCAUCAGGAGGUGAAGAAGAUGGCUAUGAGCGGGGCAUGCACAAGAUCCAGAGCGGCAUCGGCAGGCUGAUCCUGAGGGAGGAGAUGAAGGCACGCUCCAACUCCUAUGCAGACCCCUGGACCCCACCCCGCAGCUCUGCCAGCAGUAGAGAAGCCCUGCACACGGCUGGCUAUGAGGGCUCCCUCAAUGGCUCCCCCCGGAUGCACUACCUGGCUGACAGUGAUCCCCUCAUUUCCAAGUCAGCCUCUCUCCCUGCCUACAGGAGGAAUGGGCUGCACAGGCCACCCAGUGCGGAGCUUUUCCACUACGACAGCACCAACGCCGUCAACUGGGGGAUGCGAGAGUACAAGAUUUACCCCUAUGAGCUGCUCCUGGUGAAGACAAGGGGAAGGAACCAGCUGCCCAAGGACGUGGACAGGACUCGGUUAGAGCGGCACCUCUCCCAGGAGGAGUUCUACCAGAUCUUUGGUAUGACCAUCGCCGAGUUCGACCGCCUGGCUCUCUGGAAGAGGAACGAGCUGAAGAAGCAGGCGCGGCUGUUUUAAAGGCAGCACAUUAUAAAUAUAUACAUACCUAUAAAUAUAUACAUAGAAAGAUCUCUA